UCUUUGGGUCAUUUACUCCUUUCAUUAAGUUCAACCCAUAGUUGUUUUUUCAUAGAAAUACACCUUUUUUUUGCUUUUCUGAUAAUUUGCCUAAUUAACAAUAUAAGUGGCACAAAAGUGACAGAACAAAGACCAAACCUGAUAAGGCAAUAAAGGCAUCUGAAUGUCUAGCCAUCUCUGCCUUUCUUUGAUGCAUAUCUCCAAGUCUUCACUUCCCCAACUGUUUCACCAAUCAACUGUGAAAGCAACCAGCCCAAAACCGCUUGAUCUUGUGAGCAGGAAUUGGAGCAAACCGCUGGUUAGAGGAGUUCCUCCAGCAGCCAGGUUUGAUCAUGCUGCUACUGUUCAUACGGCUCGUCGCGAGCUUCUGAUAUUUGGUGGUAUUAAAUAUCUAGAGUUUGUUAAUGAUCUCCAUGUUUUAAAUAUUGACACAUGGGAAUGGUCGAGACCCAAGCAGCAUGGGGAUAUACCAGGACCACGCCGUGGUCAUGCAGGUGCAACAAUUGGAGAUAGCUGGUUUAUUUUCGGUGGUUACAAUGGAACCACUGCCGAUGAUCUUAUCGUCCUCAACAUGUCAAAUUAUGUAUGGUCAGUGUUACCGACUACAGGGGAAUGCAUAUCUGCUACCACGAUGGGAUCGAGUUUGGUAGCGAGCGCCUAUGAAGGUCAGACUGUGCUGAUAUCUUUUGGUGGAUUUAGUAAUUGCCUUACGAAUAAGGUGCAUAUCCUUAAACCAAGCCAUAAGUCACCCUUGAUGACACCGAUUCCCAACUGUACGUAUGGUGUGCAUGGUGCUCCCAAUGAUACCUUUGAUCCCAGGGGAACUGGGAAAACCGAAUCAACCGCUGCUUCUGCUGCCGAAGAUCACCUUGCAUAUGAGCUUCAAUAUUUACGUGAUCAGCUGAGAGUCGAGGAGGUGAAAUAUCAAAAACUUAAGGACAUCUGAAUCUGAAGCUCUUUGCAUGUGGACAGGGAGAUAAAAUAAAUUUUUUAUGUGGAA